CCAAAAAGUAAAGAAGAGAUUAAAGAAACCAAAACCAUUGGAACUCAAACCACCCCCACUUAUUUUUACUGUGAUAUUUGCCAAUUAAAUAAGAAUGGAACUUACACCAUCCGAAAAGUUGACAGUCCUUUUGAACCUCGAACCCAUCAUAAA